AUGGAACCUGAAGCUGAUGUGUAUCCAUUGGCUCUCCUAAUGGACGAGCUAAAACACGACGACGUCUCUACGAGAGUGGAAGCCAUGAAGAAAUUAGAUAAAAUUGCCCUCGCAUUGGGUCCAGAAAGAACCAGGGACGAAUUGAUUCCCUUCUUAGUCGAGGUCGCUCAAGAUGAUGAAGACGAAGUGUUUGCCGUGUUGGCAGAAGAAUUAGGUCAAUUUGUUCCAUUUGUUGGUGGUUCUAAAUAUGCAACCGUUCUAUUACCUCCUUUAGAGAUUCUUGCUACUACGGAGGAAACUCUUGUUCGUGAAAAGGCUGUGGAUUCUUUAAACACUAUUGCCAAGGAAUUAUCCACCGAUCAAGUUUUACAAAACAUUAUUCCAUUGAUUGAAAGAUUGGCAAACGCAGAUUGGUUCUCCUCUAAAGUCUCUGCAUGUGGGCUAUUUAAAUCUGUCAUUUUCAGAGUUAAAGAUGAUUCUCUAAGAAAGGAUCUUUUCCAAUUAUACUCACAUUUGGCACAAGAUGAAACACCAAUGGUAAGAAGAGCCGUUGGGAAGAAUUUACCACCUUUAAUCGACUUACUUUCAGAAAAUCCAGAUUUAUCCACAAAUCAAGACUGGGAAUUUAUUUCUAAUAUUUUCCAGAUUAUUAUUAAUGAUAAUCAAGAUUCUGUUAAAUUUUUGGGUGUUGAUUGUUUGAUUUCAAUUUCUAAGUUUUUCAACAUUAAAAAUGAUCCAUCUCAUUCGCAAGAACUACUAAACUCUGCGAUUAAAUUGAUUAAUGAUGAAGCUUGGAGAGUUCGUUAUAUGGCAGCUGAUAGAUUUGAAGAUUUGACAGCUCAAUUUGCCAACAAUCAAGAAUAUAUUAAUGAAUUAAUUGAGCCUUUCCUAAAUUUAUGUGAUGAUAAUGAAGGUGAUGUGAGGAAGGCUAUUGCAACUCAAAUCCCAGGGUUUGCUAAACUAAUUAAUGAUCCAACUUUGUUAUUAACAAAGAUUAUUCCAAUAAUACAAAAUCUAAGUAUGGAUGAAAUUGAAGAUGUUAGGGCUGCUUUGGCUUUGAAAGUUAACAACAUUGCUGAAUUAUUAACUAAAGAACAAGCUAUUCAGCAUUUAUCGCCAAUAUUGUUAAACAUGCUAAGAGAUGAAUUUCCUGAUGUUCGUUUGAAUAUUAUUUCCAAUUUGAAAGUGAUAAAUGAUGUGAUUGGCAUUGAAUUAUUAUCCGAAUCGUUAUUACCUGCUAUUACAGAAUUAGCUAAAGAUGUAAACUGGAGAGUUAGAUUGGCUAUUAUUGAAUAUAUUCCAAUCUUAGCGAAACAAUUAGGUGUAGAAUUUUUCAAUAAUCAAUCAUGUGAGUUAUCUCUUUCAUGGUUAUGGGAUACUGUUUUUUCUGUGAGAAAUGCAGCUGUUAAGAAUCUUACCGAUUUAACCGAAAUCUUUGGCUCUGAUUGGUGUCGCGAUGAAAUUAUUCCAAAACUACUACAAUUAGAUUCUCAAUUAUUAGAAAAUUUCAUUUACAGAUUCACAUUAUUGACUACUUUAACAUCAUUAUCUAAAGUGGUUGCACCAAAAGUUAUCGUUGACCAAAUAUUACCUUUUAUUGUAAAGUUAGCAGAUGAUGAAGUUCCAAAUAUCAGAUUUAAUGUUGCAAAAUCAUACCCUGUAAUAAUGGAAACACUACGAAAAGAUUCAGAGAACCAUACAGCGUUAAUAAAUGAUACCAUUAAUCCUUCUUUACAAAAAUUAUGUAAGGAUGACGAUGUCGAUGUAAGGUUUUUUGCAAACGAAAGUCUUGAGAAAUGUAAGAGUUUAAUUUCGGCAUAG